AUGAGCGCCGAAAACAAAAUUAACAUAAAGAACGCAUUCAGUUUGCACCUCAUUGAUGUCAUAUCGGAUUUGACGAAUGAGAAGUCUCGAGUGAAUUUUGAGGUUGCCGGAACGACGAUCAGGGCCGGUGUGAAGAUUUACUCGUAUCGAGUAGACAACGUAUACCAAGAAGCAUACAGAGUGGCCAGCAGAUUGGGGAUUGAGCCUGGGAAAAAAGGUAACCAAGACAAAGAGGAACAACGACGUGAAGGCGCUGCUUCCCCGGAAUGUCCAGUGACUAAGCGGAAGAGACCGCGAAAGCAACUUGUCGGAAGUACAAUCGAAAAGAAUUUGGCAAACAUUACCACUGAUGCAGAAGAUUUUAACUGUGAUAUCGAUCCAUUGUUCGAAAAAUUCAGGAACGCGUUCGGUGCCGGCAGCCCUGCGGCACUGUUCAUGAACAUGUUGCCAACAUCCAGCAAAUCUAAUCAGUUGCUGCUGUGUUGUGCCGAUUCUCAGGCAGCAGUGGAUGAAGAGGCAUUACUCAUGCGGGAUCAACAAUUGAUCAACUCCAUCGAAUCAGAUCCAGAGAUAUCAAAAGUGAUAGAUUUUGUCGCCCGAAAUACCUAUACCACGUUAGCCCCUUCCCUUGCGUUGCUACAGUCAGAAAAUUCUGAUCAGACCAGUCAGAUUGAGGACGAACCUCUGACAUUGGCGGCAGACGGUCAAGACUACAAUUAUUUUAAUAACGUGGAGAAAGGUGAGCUAGAUGAUCAAAUGAAUGAAAAUGGAUCGAUCGACGAUGAAGACGAAUGUGACGUACAAAAAAAUGGAACAGUUCAGAAAUUUGCAACUCUUGAUUUGAUCGCCUCAGCAGUUUCUUCGAAGCCGCUGGAUUACUCUUAUUUCGAGCCUGCGGCAAUGAUCACUUUGGCCGGUCCUAACCAUUGGAAAGUUAAUUACCUUCGGCAGUUGCGAACAAAUCAACUAAAGUCGAAAGGAGGUGCCGAUGAUGCAGACAUAGUGCCGAAAAAAUCGAAGCAGCAAGCUCGCAGACCUCUGACGCGCAUCGACUUCGACGAACAGUUGGAUUUUGGCGAGCUACUUCAAGUAGCGAAACGAUCGACCAUAACUCUGUCCAACACAACGCUUGAGAGAUACAUGCAACGUGACUAUACAUUGGACUCUGACAUCGACUUUGAUCCUAAUCGAUUCAAAUAUCUGUUCAUAAAAAAUAUACCGAUGCGCAAAACCGCAGUAGUUUCAGAGAACUGUGUGAACGGUGACCAGGUGACGGUUUAUAAUUACAAGAACGCGGUUGACAACGAUAACUUUUGUCCUGAUUUACUGCCUGACGGGGAAAAUGAAAAUGAUGACGCCGCAGAGCCUUUCGACUUGCCUUCUUCAUCUUCAUCUUCACCAACUAUUGGCCACCCAGAAGUGAAGGGCGUUGACGAAGCAAAAACCGACUCCGAGUUUGAUCAGCAAUUGCUACCUCAGCCUUUCAAGGUAAACAAAAUCGAGAUCGCCUUCGAAAAAUGUGCUAAAAGGAUUGACGUUCUGCAGUUAAAAGAAUCAAUGUGGAAGAUCAUAAACGACGGCAGUAUCCCUCAUGGAGUGAUUUUAUUUUCAUUCAACUGGCUAUGGAAGCAAUCAAUGUAA